GCAUCAUACUGUUUCCUUAUGCCCAUAUAAACUUCUUAUUGUGUGUUUUUAAAGUUCUUUAUUUUAUUCAAUUGCUUUCCCAUAAAUUCUGUUUAAUUGUUGUUAUUUAUAGAAAUAUUUGAAAUUAACUGUAAAAUAUGUCAACAAGUGAUAAGUCAGUGUUGCAUUUGCUCUCUAACAAUUAUUACUUGUUUAUUUAAUGCAGAUUGCAUUCUUAGUUUCUUUGAUAGUAGAUAUUGUUGCUCAUGAUAAUUCACAAAUUUUAAAAAAUGCUUUCGAAAUUUAUAAAUAUUUGUUUAAUAUUCCUUCCCUUGUUAACACUAAAGCGCCAGAGCAGUCAUUUUGACUGCUUUCGUUAUUUGACCUUGGAUUCCUUAAAAAAACCCUUUAUCUUAAGAAGUCACAAAUUUUGGUAUUUUCCUAAAAUAUGUCGAAAAUUAUUGGUCCAAAUAUAAAUCGAAUGAAAUUAAAAUUAACGGAGAUAUUAUUAGUUAUACCUAAAAGCGCCACGAACAGUCAUAAUGACUGCUAGUAACACUGGGUAGAUUUAUAUGGUAUUAUCGAUCAGAAAAUAUUUUUCUUGGAAAAACAUCUGGUGUACAUAUACAUUCCUUUCAUUCACUGAUUAUUUACAGAAGGAUAUACUUCCCUUCUGCUCAGGAAAUCCCUUUUGUUGGAAAAACAUCUGGCCUACACAUUCCUUUUCACUCUCUCUUUAUUUACAACAUCAAAUACUUCCUCACGUCCUUGUCAACACUCCACCCAUUUUUGGCAAAAUGAUAUAGUCCUUAGUUUGCCGUAGUUCAGUCAGUUUGUUUCAUGACAUUUCAUUCUUUCAAGCGUGCGGUAAUGCCAGCUCGAAGACCGCGAUAUCCGAGUCCAGAAGAAAUUGUACAACUUUUACAGGAUUUAUCUGAAAAUUAAUCUGAUGUUGAAGAACAUAAUAUUGAUGAUGAUAUGGAUUAUGAGCCUCCACAAAACUUUGAGAGAAAUAAUAGUUCUAGUGAAUAUGAAGAUAGCACGGAAGAGCAAUCGUUGACCAAGGUUUUCAGAGCAUCGAUAUUUACGCAGCAAAUAUUUUGUCAUCAGUAACUGCAGCUUCCACAUCAACUGAAAUAGGUUCCCCUAAUGCACAAGGUAUAGGAUCAAAGCGAAAACAUGAUUUACCUAACUCCAGGAUACGCACGAGGAAGAGGAUGUAUUUUCCAAAACCACAAAGAAGGCUCUAUAUGUGUCUUAAAAGAUGGAACCUCAUGGAGAGUGACAUCUACUUCACAAACUACAGCUGGGAAAUAUGGAGCUCAAAAUGUGCUAAAAGAAAUGCCGGGUCCAACAUCUUAUGCAAAACGAAAUGUUGGGGACAGUGUGUUGAGUGCUUGGAGGUUGUUUGUGGAUGAAUCGAUGUUACUACAUAUUAAAAAGUGCACGGAAGCAGAGGCAGUUUUGAACAAUGAAGAAAACUUGGCAAUAUCUUUAGAAGAGUUUGAUGCUUUUAUUGCUAUUAUUUAUGCAAGAGGAGCAUAUGGUUGCAAUGAUAUGGAUUAUGAUUUUUUGUGGAAUAAUACAUGGGGUCUUCCUUUUUCUUCGAGAAACAAUGUCUCGCAAUCGUUUUCGAGACAUUAUGAAAUAUCUAAGAUUUGACUUGAAGUCAACUAGGACUCAGCGUUUAGAAAGUGAUAAGUUUGCACUUUUUUCCGAUAUUUGGAAUAAAUUUAUACGGAACUGUGCAAUUUCCUAUAAACCAGGAGAAAAUCUAGUUGUGGAUGAGCAGUUAUUUCCAUCCAAAGCCAGGUGUAAGUUUAUACAGUAUAUGCCGAAUAAACCUGAUAAACUCGGUAUCAAAAUUUGGAUGUUAGUCGAUGUAGAUUCAAAGUAUAUGUGCAAUGCUUUUCGAUAUCUUGGAAAAAAUACAUCGAGAAGUGAAACUGAAAGUCUUCCUGAAAAUGUAGUAAUGCGUCUUCUAAGCCAUUAUCUGAAUUCAGGUCGAAAUUUGACAACGGACAAUUAUUUUUCCUCACUAUCAUUAGCUAGAAGACUUAAAAUGAAAAACACAAGUUUUUUCGGCACAGUAAGAAGACAUCGACAAGAAAUUCCGCAUGAAGUAAGGAAAUCUAAAACCCGGCUAUUUGAAAUAGUUUUGCUAAAGAAUGGUGAAACUACGCUCACUGUCUAUCAGGGAAAAAGGAAUAAAAAUGUCCUACUACUAAGUACCUUACAUCCAAGUGUAAAUAUAGACUCGCAAAAUAAGAAAAAGCUUCCAGAAACAGUAGAGUUCUACAACAAAACCAAAUAUGGAGUUGAUAUCGUUGACAAGAUGACACGUAAAUAUUCUGUUCGGGCUGUUUCACGUAGAUGGCCUGUGCAUGUUUUCUAUAAUAUGCUGGAUUUAACACGGACGAAUGCCUACAUUAUCUACGAUAAAUUGAGUGGUAAAAAUAAUGCAAGGCACGACUUCCUAUUUCAAUUAGCAGAGGAAUUAAGAGAGCUUUAUUUAAACAGAAGAAAAACUGCAAAAUUGCCCCAGGAAAUUUCCAAAUCUAGCAAUAGACUCUCAAAAAACAGACAUCAAUGCCAGAUUGGACUUUGCAGCAACAACAAAACAAGUGAUGUUUGUAAAAAAUGUUCAUAUUAUGUGUGUGGAAAAUGCACUUCCAAUAUUGAAAAAGUUGCGUUUUGUAAAAAUUGCGAAAAGCUGUAAAAUUUGUUUUAUUAAGGGUAGGCUGA